GUCGCCAAGAUGCCGUCCGCCGCCAUGUGCAUGAGGAUCCUAAGGGCGCACUCCAAGUAUGGAUCAAAUCAUGCCGCCCUCCUCGCCCGCUCCUUCUCAGUCACCGCAAGGCGGUCCAAGAUCGACAAGGUGGUCCCGUCGGCCGCCGAGGCGCUCAAGGACAUGGAGUCGAACAAGAUUGUGCUCUGCGGUGGUUUCGGUCUGUCGGGAGUGCCGGACACGCUGAUCGAUGAGGUGGUCAAGAAGCCUGAGAUCAAGGGCCUCACGGCGGUCUCCAACAACGCCGGCACUGACUCAAGCGGCCUCGGCAAGCUACUUAAGACGGGCCAGGUCAGCAAGAUGAUCGCCUCCUACAUUGGCGAGAACAAGACGCUCGAGGGCAUGUACCUGACGGGCAAGGUCCAGCUCGAGCUGACGCCCCAGGGUACGCUGGCGGAGCGCUGCUCGGCGGGCGGCCGAGGAAUCCCGGCCUUCUACACGCCGGCGGGCCUGGCCACUGUGGUGCAGACGGGCGAGCUUCCUUUACGCAACAACCCCGACGGCACCCCCGCCGAGUUCUCCAAGCCCAAGGACGUCAAGGUGUUCAACGGCAAGCCGUACCUGCUCGAGGACAGCAUCGCUGGCGACUACGCUUUCGUCAAGGCCUGGAAGGCUGACAGGCUUGGCAACUGCCAAUUCCGACUCUCGGCGCAAAACUUCAACGGCGCCAUGGGCCGCAACGCCAAGAUGACCAUCGUCGAGGCCGAACACAUCGUCGAGCCGGGUGAGAUCCCGCCCGAGGCGGUGCACCUGCCCGGCAUCUACGUCAAGCGCGUGGUGCAGAGCACCGCCGAGAAGAAGAUUGAGAAGUACACGUGGUCCAAAGACGAGUCCGACCCGGACGCGGCCGACAAGGCGACCACCGCCAAGGCGGCGCUGGGCACGGGCGACUCUGCCGCCAAGCGCGAGCGCAUCGUGCGCCGCGCGGCCAAGGAGUUCAAGAACGGUAUGUACGCCAACCUGGGCAUCGGCAUGCCCAUGUUGGCGCCCUCUUUCGUCGCCGACGACGUCACGGUCCAGCUGCAGAGCGAAAACGGAAUCUUGGGCCUGGGUCCCUACCCGCGCAAGGGCGAGGAGGACCCGGAUCUCAUCAACGCCGGCAAGGAGACGGUGACACUCAAGCCGGGCGCGGCCGUCUUUGGCAGCGAGGAGAGUUUCGGCAUGAUCCGGUCCGGACGCAUCAAUCUCACCAUCCUGGGCGCCAUGCAGGUCAGCGCCGGCGGCGACCUGGCCAACUGGAUGCUUCCCGGCAAGGUCAAGGGCUUCGGCGGCGCCAUGGACCUGGUCAGCAACCCGAGCAAGACAAAGGUCGUCAUCACCAUGGAGCACACGGACCGCAAGGGCAACCCCAAGAUUGUGAACCAGUGCGCGUUCCCGCUGACUGGCAAGGCGUGCGUGUCGAGGAUUAUCACUGAGCUGGGUGUCUUUGACGUCGACUUCGCCACCGGCCUGACCCUGGUGGAGAUUGCUGACGGCGUCACCGUCGACGAGGUCAAGAGCAAGACUGGUGCACCCUUCAAGGUUGCCGAGGACCUAAAGCCCAUGUUGUAA